GGGCUUUAGCGUCACCAUUGGUCCACUACAGCUCCUCCUCUAGCCAAUAGUAGUGCAUCAGUUUAUCGGAAAGUGAAAGUGUUUCUCUCUCAGCCUCGACUCCAUUUUGUCUCUGUUGGAAAAGCAGAAAAACCUCAACACCAGGCAGAAACGGUGAUAUUAAUGUCACACAACAUGGACUGCUGAAUAAAAGAGUGUCAGUAAUUCCAGCAGAAGAGAUCAGCAUCUUCAGGACUCAGCUGUGUGUCCAUGAGCUGUCUGUGUUUACACUAAUAUUCAAACAUGGAGACCCCUGACCUGGACACAGAUAAUGUGACCCCGCCCUCAAAUAACCAUAAACUCAAGAGAAAGAGAUCAGACUCCCCAGAACCCAGCUGUGUCUCCAUGAAGAGUGAUGUGUCUAUGCAGCUUCCUCGGAACUUUAGAAAUAAAGACUCCUCGUCUGUACACAGUAAACUCAAGAGAAAGAGAUCAGACGCCCCAGAACCCAGCUGUGUCUCCAUGAAGAGUGAUGUGUCUAUGCAGCUUCCUCGGAACUUUAGUGAUAGAGACUCCUCGUCUGUACACAGUGUUCUACAGAAGUCAGGAGACAGAAGAGAAAAGGACAUCAUCACAGCUACAGGACACGACCCGGAACCUGCUGCUGUAAAUGACUUCCAGAAAAAGUUCAAAUUAAAUCUGGUGAAGAAGUUUCAGUGUUUAAAUGGAGUGAUGAUAAACCGGGAAAACCGAACACUCCUGAAUGAGAUCUACACAGAGCUCUACAUCACAGAGGGAGACGGUGGAGACGUCAAUAAAGAACAUGAGGUGAGACAGAUCGAGGCAGCAUCCAGGAGAACAACAACAGAGGAAACACCGAUCAAAUGCAAUGACAUCUUUAAGCCCUUAUCUGAUCAAGACAAACCCAUCAGAACUGUGCUGACAAAGGGAGUCGCUGGCAUCGGAAAAACAGUUUCUGUGCAGAAGUUCAUUCUGGACUGGGCUGAAGGGAAAGUAAAUCAGGACGUCCAGCUCAUGUUUCCACUUCCUUUCAGAGAGCUGAAUUUGAUGAAGGACCAGAAACUGAGUCUGAUGGAUCUCCUUCAUGUCUGUUUUAAGGAGACAAAAGAAACAGAAAUGUCCAGUUUGGAAAAGGUUCUGUUCAUUUUUGACGGAUUGGACGAGUAUCGUUUUCCUCUGGAUUUCCAGAACACAGAGAGAGUGUGUGAUGUAACUGAAUCAGCAUCAGUGCAUGUGCUGCUGAUAAACCUGAUCAAAGGGAAUCUGCUUCCCUCUGCUCUCAUCUGGAUCACCUCCCGACCAGCAGCAGCUGAUCAAAUCCCCUCUGAGUGUGUCCAUCGAGUCACAGAGGUACGAGGGUUCAAUGACCCACAGAAGGAGGAGUACUUCAGGAAGAGGAUCGGUGAUCAGAGCCUGGCCAAUAACAUCAUCACACACCUGAAGUCAUUAAGAAGCCUCUACAUCAUGUGCCACAUCCCAGUCUUCUGCUGGAUUUCAGCCACUGUUCUAGAGAGAAUGUUGGGUGAAGAAGAGAGUGGAGAGAUGCCCAAGACUCUGACUCAAAUGUACACACACUUCAUCAUUCAGACAAACAUCAUAAGAGAAAAGUACUCAAAGAAGCAGGAGAGUGAUGAAGAAAUGCUUCUCAAACUGGGACGACUGGCUUUUCAGCAGCUGAUGAAGGGCAACCUGAUCUUCUAUGAGGAAGACCUGAGAGAGUGUGGCAUUGAUGUGAGAGAAGCAGCAGUGUACUUAGGUGUGUGUACUCAGAUCUUCAGAGAAGAGUUUGGACUUCACCAGAGUAAAGUGUACUGCUUUGUUCAUCUGAGCAUUCAGGAGCAUCUCGCAGCUCUGUAUGUGCACCUGACAUUCAUGAAAGAAAAGAGAAAUGUUCUUGUACAGAGUUGGCUUUCUGAACCAGAGAUUUUAUCUGACGAAGAGGAUGAAUCGGAGAUGUUCUCUGAAUCUGAGAUGUUCCAUCACCAGUGGAUUGAAGAAAUUACAGUCUCAGAUGUCCACAAGAGUGCUGUAGAUCAGGCCUUAAAGAGUGAGACUGGACAUCUGGAUCUUUUCCUCCGUUUUCUUCUGGGUCUCUCACUAGAGUCCAAUCAGAAACUCUUACAUGCCUUAGUAACACAUGCAGGAAGUAGCUCCCAGACAGGAAAGGGGGACACGGUACAGUACAUCAAGGAGAUGAUCAGUGAAGAUCCCCCUACAGAGAAAUCCAUAAAUCUGUUCCACUGUCUGAAUGAACUGGGGGACAAUUCUCUAGUGGCGGAAAUCCAACGCUACCUGAAAUCUGGAACACAAAGUGAACUCUCUUCUUCACAGUGGUCUGCUCUGGUGUUUGUCUUACUGACAUCAGCAGAGGAGCUGGAGGAAUUUGACCUGAGUAAAUAUAUCUCUACAGAUAAAAUAAGAGAUAGGAUUCUUGUGAAGGUGAUGCCUGUGAUUGCAGCAUCCAGAAAAGCAAUGUAAGUAAAGCUGAAUAGAACUGUUCUACUGUUACAGUGUUAAGAGAACAAAUCAAAUGUCUUAGCUGUUCAGAUCAAUCUAACUCUUCAUGACACUUUAGACUCUUUCUUUUCUCCUAUUAAUAACAUUUUAGAUCAGAUUCUUGCUUUCCCAUUUGGUGUCCCGGAUCUUAUACUCCAUGUUUAUACAAUGUGUGUGUGAUGAUGUUCGCAGCUGAAAACUCCCACCAAGCCGAAUCUGAACAGCUCUGACUGUGUGGGACUUUUGUCUAACGGAUGUUUGUGCUUUUGAAACUGAGAAGUUGCAGUGAAAGCUUUGAGGACUUGUUUGAUAAUUUGCAUUACUGUUAGUUCAUUAUGUAUUAUUUCCUUCAGUAUCAGGUGUGAUACAAUUCAAUACAGUGGUUGGUCAGCUCUGGACUCAGUGCUCA